UUCUGUAGGGUACGGGUAAUGUCUGUGGGGUAUUGGAUCUGUUACAGAACCGGAGGGUAAUCUCUGUAGGGUACGGGAUGUGCUACAGAACUCACAGAAGUGUAGGGUAUUGUGGCAUGACCGUCACAGCACUCACAGAAGUGUUGGGGUAUUGUAUACAGAACAAGAGGGUAAUCUCUGUGGGGUAUCGGGUGUGCUACAGAACUCACAGAAGUGUAGGGUAUUGUGGUGCAACCGUCACAGAACUCACAGAAGUGUAGGGUAUUGCGGCACGACCGUCACAGAACCCACAAAAGUGUUAGGGUAUUGUAUACAGACCAAGAGGAGGGUACCAGAGCGCGCCGCAGAACUGCCGCAAGGCACAGCGCUCCCAGCUCGCCGCUCCCAGCCAGCUCCAGUGCUCAGCGCUCAGCCUGCCUAACGGCUUGCGAGGGGCGGGGCAUAGGGAAGAUAUAGGAAGGGACCGGAGGUGUGAUGCAGCAGCAAGCUGAUGAGGACGAGCUCGGCUUGUCCUCCGCGGCGUUGGCAGCUCUCAAGGAGUUCGCUCUCGAGAAUAACAUGCUUGGAGGCGACGACGACGUUGUCGAUGUGCGGCUCCAGGUGCAGGAGCGUAUGGACGUCAAGAAGAGGACUCACGAGUUUUCCUUCACUUUCGGGGACGAUGGUGACGACGAGCAGGUUUGCAUUGCCCUGGCUGGCGUCAACCCGGAGCUGGGACAGACGCUGGCCAGCACCGGGCUAACGGUGUGGAGGGCUGCCCAGGAGAUGGCGCGCUUCAUGUGGGAGCACAGACGGUGGUUCGCAGGAAAACGGGUGGUCGAGCUGGGUGCGGGGUUGGGGCUGUGCGGCAUUCUUGCGUCCAAGCUUUGCACCGGCGGAACGGUUGUGAUAACGGACGGUGGAGAGGAGUUCACAAACUCGGCCAUGGAUGCACUCAGAGCAAACUUGAUAAAGAACUCGUGUAACCUGCUGGCCCAUUCGCCAGCGAGAAACGGCAGCAAUGCUGCCGUUGGUUGUGGUGGUGAUGCUGCGGCGGUGGGGGCGGCGGCGGCCGGGAGAGGGGCGCGGGUAGCGUUGGAAAAACUAACGUGGGGAGAACACGAGGCUUUCUUGGAGCGGAACGGGGGUGGAAGCGACCGAACCACCGACGGCGUCAAUGACGGAGAUAACCGGGGAGGAUUCGACUUCGUCGUGGCGGCCGAUGUUAUAUACGAGGAAGAAGGGGUCAGCCCGCUGCUGCGCACCGUGGUCGACAUUCUCAGGCUGAGAGCAGGAGAGCGCAGCGACAGCAAGCACCCCGACCACUGCCCCAGCCCUUCUCAUGAGGCAGUGGCUCCGAAAGACGAGACGGAGGAGCAAGACCCGCCGCAGCCCGAGUCGUCAGGGCCAGCAUCGUCGUCUUCUCUCCGAUGCCAAGCGUCGGCGCCUCCGGCGCUGCCAUCCCUCGUUCCUGCUCCGACGGAGUCGACGUUUUUGCUGGCCUUCGCCCGGCGCAACAUUUCGAUCGAACGCGUCCUGGGGGAAGCGGAGAGCCUCGGCCUUGCGUGGAGAGUGCCCGAUGACUUCGAACCCGCCAGCGCCUCCGAGAAUAUUUAUCUCAUGAGUCUUCGAUGACGGGGGUCGGGGCGGCCGUUAGUUCGAUGCUUGCGAGACAGCGGGAAGGGUUCUGCUCUACAGUUGUAGUUGCGUGUGGUUUAGGUGCUUGGUUAAAGAAAUGUUGUUGUUUUCCUCGUCUUGCCUGGAUGGCAUAUUGUCGAAGCAGUUUGCUAGUUCGGUGUAUCGUUGGUUCAGCGACAUGGGUUUGAUUAAAAUCCCGCAGUAGUAGUCGUUGGGUCGUGUAGUGUAUUUCAAGGGUGCUCACGAGAGAGCCGGUGGACACAACUGCUCAGGUAUAAUGGCAACAUGGCGUAACUGGUCCGUGCGGCACCGCUUUCGGCGUGCCUCGGCGAGUCUUCUUUGGCCACUGAACGGGGUCGUGAUGUGUAUAGGCAUGACCCUGGGUAGAUGCCGUCAGACGUUAGCGUAAGUUGUCUAUCCUCUGCUCCGGUUCCGGCCAAGCAACAACCACCGUUCGUUUCUGCGCCUGUAAUGGUGCUUGAAUGGAGGGAUAUAGUAAGGCGGUGUGCUGAACACUGUUGGCCCUCCUAUUUGAUCGAGACCUUGAAUGUAUCGCUAGAUUGUGGCCGUCCGGUUAGACCUUUUUUUGUCGGCAACGCACGCAUGCUACAUUUCUGAACCCGUCAAAUGCAUUGAUGAGAAGAUUUGCCAGGACCGGGAGGACCAGUGCCCUCAUCGUGUAGUUGAUUGAAUCUUAUGAAAAGAAUGAAAUCGCAUG